AUGAUCGUGGCUCGAGAAUUAUUCAACCAAAAUACAAACUCAUCAGAUAUUUAUCCAUCAGAUCAAAUAGUCCGGCGCGCUUGUAUUCAUUCAGCGCACAAUGGUAUGAACUCUUCGGUCCUUACGCGACCAAGUCAGGAAUUUUGCCAAACAAACUUGGAUCAACUUAAACAUCAGCCGAUUAAAAUAUCUCCUACAAGUAUGAAAAGAAAAGAAGAAUUAAUCAAUUCGUUUCGCUCUUCCAACGACACCUCAACUAUAGGUCCUUAUUCGGUUUUUACAAGGGGGUUGCCACCAAACAUAACCGAAGAAACCCUACGAUCAAUGUUUGGCUGGUCUGAAGAAUUUAUAGCAAUCAAAACCUUACCUAUUGAUCAAUCGGAGGAUUCAUCACCUGAUUCGGCUGUCAUUUAUUUCCAUACUUAUAGUGGUGCAUUGGAGGCUAAAAAUAUUCUAGAGGGGAAGGCUAACAUGUCUCGUGAUUCAUCCGUACAGGUUGAGGUUUUUUACUCGGGCUCAUUAUCAUCUCCACAGCGAUUUAGUUCAGAUAGCAUAGGCCACACGUAUCAAUCUACUUCUACAUCAUCAUCUCCAUCAUCUUCUGGUUGCUCAACUCCACGGCAGACCACAGUUUUUAAGAAGAGCUUUCAACAGUCUCCACGGAUGUCUUCAGCUAACUCGAUAUAUGUGGGAACUGAGCUUCCAAACCCAAAUGAUAGUACUUUGUAUCAAAAUCUCUUUUCCCCCCAAUCUCCUUUCGGAAAUCAUCUUAGUGAGGGAACUAGAGUUACAGGAAAAUCUUUGAUAAAAAAUGAUUACGUUGAUGACGAAGAGACGAGGGAACUUCUCAAAGAUCCAGUUGCUUAUGCUGAAAAUGGACACUCAGUACAGAGUCGACGACAAAAAAUUAAUUCUCAGGGCCCUAACCCGCGGAUAAAUAGUCUAGUUUUGAAUAUGAAUGCUAACGCAAAUACUACGCCAAGACCUACAUAUCUAACAACUAAUCCUGCAACAUCUCAACCGAAUACAAGCUCAAUGACUCCAAUUUCUGCGACUUGUUUGAACAAUAUUAGCUCGUCUAUGUCCUACCGAGCUGGAAGGCAACAAUUCCAGCGAAACAACUUCCCACUUGUCAAUCCAGCCGAUCAAAAUCCUCCUUGUAACACUCUGUACGUUGGGAAUCUCCCCAUAGAUACAUCAGAAGAUGAACUAAAGGCUAUGUUCUCGAAGCAACGUGGAUAUAAGCGACUCUGCUUCAGAGCAAAACAGAAUGGUCCAAUGUGUUUUGUUGAAUUUGAGGAUAUAUCCUUUGCUACUAAAGCUCUCCAUGAACUCUAUGGCUAUCCAUUGCAUAAUAGUAUAAAGGGCGGAAUCCGGCUAAGCUUCUCUAAAAACCCGCUCGGAGUGCGAUCAGGGCACUCAAUGACUGUUCCAACUCGGUCCAACCACUCCGGAAAUACUCGGUGCAUUAAUGGAAUAUCCACAAAUGUUCAUGGCUGCUUCUUCAGCACUGUGAGCGGUCCUCCUCCAGGACUAAACACUCCGAGGUUAGGUUCGAAUCCUCCCGGCAGUAACAUCUCGGCAUCUUCAAAAACAAACUCUGAUGGAUUAUAUGUCAGCUCAAACAAUAUAGGUUACUGUAAUACUAAUGGCUGGAUUCAGCCGGUAUUUAACAGGAUGAUGACUGGUAGUGGACAAUCAUCCAUGGCUUAUAACGGAUUUCCUGCAUCCAUGAUAGGCAGAUAG